GCCGGCUGAGCCGGGAGCUUUGCACCGCGGAGUUUGAGUUGUGCUUUCGGGGGUCGAGACGAAGAUGACCCGACGGAGGACGAGCGAGCUCGGGCAGAAGCAGGGCCGGGCGUCCGCCUUCUGGGGCCUGAACCUAGCCCUGGCCCUGGCUCUGGCAGGCGUGCCCGGGGUCACUGCCCUGGACAAUGGGCUGGCCCUGACCCCGACCAUGGGCUGGCUGCACUGGGAGCGCUUCACGUGUAACGUGGACUGUGUCGAGGACCCCCAGAACUGCAUCAGUGAACAGCUCUUCAUGCAGAUGGCUGAACUCAUGGUAUCAGAAGGCUGGAAGGAUGCGGGCUACGAGUAUGUCUGUAUCGAUGACUGUUGGUUGGCCGACGAGCGAGAUGAGAAUGGUAGGCUCGUGGCAGACCCCAAGCGCUUCCCUAAUGGAAUCCAUCACCUGGCAAACUUUGUACAUUCUAAGGGACUAAAGCUAGGGAUUUAUCAAGAUGUGGGAAAUUACACCUGUGCUGGAUACCCCGGCAGCUUUGGGUACUAUGAUAUCGAUGCCAAAACCUUUGCUGACUGGGGAGUGGACCUGCUUAAAUUUGACGGAUGUUACGCUAACGACUUCGAAAGUUUGGUAGAAGGCUAUAAGUACAUGUCCUUUGCCCUCAACCAAACUGGCAGGAGCAUUCUGUAUUCCUGUGAGUGGCCUCUGUAUUCAAGGCCCUUCCAGGAGCCCAAUUACACGGAAAUUCGACAGUACUGCAACCACUGGAGGAACUAUGAUGAUAUCUUUGAUUCCUGGAGCAGUGUAAAGAAUAUUCUGUCCUGGACUGCAUCUAAGCAGGAGAACCUUGUUCCUGCUGCUGGACCAGGUGGAUGGAAUGAUCCUGACAUGUUGGUGAUUGGCAACUUUGGACUCAGCUGGGAUCAACAAGUAACUCAAAUGGCACUCUGGGCCAUCAUGGCAGCCCCACUCUUCAUGUCCAAUGACCUCCGCCACAUCAGUCCCCAGUCCAAGGCCCUGCUGCAGAAUAAAGAUGUGAUUGCAAUCAACCAGGAUCCUUUGGGACAGCAAGGCUACCGGCUCAGGAAGGAGGACGACUUUGAAGUGUGGGAAAGGCCCCUGUCAGAUUUAGCCUGGGCUGUGGCUGUGCUAAACCAUAAAGAGCUUGGGGGACCUCGGAAUUAUGCCCUUUCCACUAAUGUUCUGGGUAAGGGGCUAGGGUGUGCCCCUGCCUGCAAUAUCACACAAAUCCUCCCUGUUAAAAAAGAGCUGGGACUUUAUGAAUGGUUAUCUCAAUUCAAGGUUCGAGUAAACCCCACAGGCACUGUUCUAUUGAAGCUACAGCCUUUCAAAUAACCGCCCCAGAGAACUAAACCACCUCCGAAGACUUGAAUGACUCCAAUGACUCCGUUUCCAAUAAUGUCACUUUUGAGGAAUGUUUCCAUUACUGUUUUAGACAAUUUAUAUAAUUUAUGUGAUUUUUUAAAAAUUAUUUUAAGCUCUUGUAUUAUACAUUUCUGAUUUUGGUACAAUUAUGGU